GUGAAACUGAGAAGGAUAAGAAGAAACAAGGUUAUAAAAGAUCAAACAUAGAGAUCAAGUGAUAAAACUAGGAAAGAAACCAAAAAGCAACAAAAAAAUGGCUACUACUUUUACAGAGAAACAAGAAGCUUUGGUUAAGGAAUCAUGGGAAUUGAUGAAACAAAAUAUCCCUGAAUUGAGUGUUCGUUUCUUCACCACUGUUAUAGAGAUCGCACCACAAGCGAAGCCUAUGUUCUCAUUCUUGAAGGAUACAGAUGAAAUCCCACAGAACAACCCUAAGCUCAAAGCCCAUGCUAUGAAGGUUUUCAAGAUGACCUGCGAAUCAGCUGUGCAACUACGGGAGAAAGGUGAAGUUGUCGUCGCCGACAGCACGUUAGCGUACCUGGGUGCAGUCCAUGUUAAGAAAGGUGUUAUCGAUCCCCAUUUCGAGGUGGUCAAGGAAGCACUGUUGAGGACACUGGAAUCAGGAUUAGGAGAUAAGUGGAAUGAAGAAAUGAAAUGUGCUUGGAGUGAAGCUUAUGAUCAAUUGGCUACUGCUAUCAAAGAUGAGAUGAAAGAAGAGAGGGCUAAAGCUGAUGCCUAAACCAAUUUUAGCUUUCGCUUUUCAUUUUAAUUUGGAAUUUGGUGAUGUUGCUUGUGCUUGUGCUUGAUAUUUCCAACAUGUUUUCCUUUGAAUAAUGAUUGAUUAAUCAAGAUUUGGGUGUGAUUCUAAAUCGAGUUUGCGGUUUGUUCACAUAUUCCUGUUUGUUUAA